AUGGCACAGUAUAGUAGCAACAAGCUAUGGAGACGGUUUCUUGGGGCACAAACUGGUAGAUGGGAAGGAGGCAAUUCCGUUCCUGACUACAGCCAAGAAUAUGACCUGGCGGAUGCUAUGACGAUGACGGAGAAUCCCGAAGCAAGGCGAGAAGCAGUGAGUCGUUUGGUUUCGGAGAUGGCGACGGUUGAGAAUGCAAGUGGUAGUUGCUCAAUUUGCAUUGAAAGUUUAAAGCAAUCUGAUAAGGGAGAUGCUAAGCAAGUCUCAUGCGGCCAUGUCUAUCACCAAACUUGUAUUACCAAUUGGCUUUUUAACGGAAGAAGCAACUCCUGCCCUCUUUGCCGCCAUGAAAUCUAA